AUGCUUCUCCAAGUCCGAGUCCAAGGCCUGAGCUUUUCAACCCGAGCAACCCCACGGAUCCCUGGGGCUUUCCCUACCUCGAGUACUGGCCAGGCCGCUCCACCCACCGAAAGCGAUCGGGUACAAGAUGAUGAAGAAUCAGACAGUGAUCACUGUAGUGACGUUGAAGAAAUGACCGAGGCCAAGUCUGCUGGUGUUCGCGAAGAGCCACUUCCUACUGCCCCAAUUUAUUCUCGUCGGGUCCAGGAUGGUCUGAAAGAAGUUAAGUGUGAAUUGGCUGCGCUCGCUGAUAUCAUGGGACUCUCCGAGCUAAACCAAGAUCAUUCUUCCGAUCUACAUGUCCUGUACAAGCGGACUAAGAAAAUGAGCAUGUUUGAAUAUCCGGAAACUCGGACCGUGGGUUUCAUCGGCGACUCUGGUGUUGGGAAAAGCUCACUGAUAAACUCUUUACUUGAUCAAGAGAGCUUGUCACGCUCAAGCCGCGAAGGCACAGCUUGCACCUGUGUUGUGACUGAAUUCCGACAUGUUGAUGAAAACCACACCGGACCUUUUACGAUCGAAGCAGAUUUCAUGACUUCAGAAGAAAUGAAAGGGCUAUUAGGAGAGCUUCUUACGAUCUUCCGUCAAUUCCAUGUCACUCGAUUCUUCCAAGAACUGAAGUCACAAGAAGAGCAGCAAAAAUGUCGAGAUCAGGCCGGGAGAGCCUGGGGAACUUUUCAGUCCUUGUUCAACAAGCAACCAGGAUUAACUAUGGAGCAUCUUUCUCAAGACUUCGAAGAUGCCUAUUUAGUUCUUCUUUCACAGUUGGAACGAUGGGCCUCUGCCAGCUUAGCACUGCGACCUGGCGGACUGGAUGCACUUGAGUAUUCUGUAGUUGCCGGUGAUAUUGAGGAGUGCAGGGACAUUCUUGAUAUGCUAACGGCCAGUAAUGCUGGUAAUGGUAAUCCUGCAAUUUGGCCAUUCAUCAAGUUGAUAAGGGUAUAUCUCAAAUCACCUAUUUUGAGAAACGGCUUGGUGCUAGCUGAUCUACCUGGUUUCAGCGAUCUGAAUUUUGCCAGGGUUCGAGCCACAGAGCGCUAUCUUUCUCAUAGCUGUGACGAGGUCUUUGUUGUUAUGGAUAUUUCCCGUGCUUGUACAAACGCGUCGGUUCAAGACAUUAUGCGAAGAUGUAGAGAUGAUCAGCCGCGGAGGAUCAUCUGCACAAAGUCAGAGGAUAUUUCACCUGAGGAGUCUUCUCGCGGAGAUACUCCAUAUGCUCAUCGAGUGAAAGAGAUGAAUAAGGAAAUGCAGGUCCUCCGGAAAAAGCUUGAAUCAACCGAGUCCAAGGCACGGAAAGCCUCUCCUGCGAGACGAUCGGAACUGGCGGUCAAAGCAAUGGAGCUUCGGGGCCAGGAAAAAGUGCUGAAGUUCAACAUGAGUCAAUUCCUCAUCAAUCGGCGAAACUCUCUAAUAUCACAUGAGCUCAUCCAGAGGCACCAAGAUGUCGAAGUGUUUUGUGUCAGUAACAUACUCUACUCCGAAUACCGCUUUAGCGGAAAGAGUGAUGAGGAGGCAUACGUUGAUCUCGCAGGAAUCCGGGAGCUGCGUCGCUACUGCCAAUUAGUGCCCGCUGCAGCUCUAAUGCGGUCAACAUCCGCAUUUUUGAAUCACGAAGUGCCAGCUUUGCUUUCCUCUCUGCGCCAAUGGGCAUUGUCUGGAGUAGAUCCAGUCACAGGUGGAAACGCUGCCCUCCUUCGACGGGUUCUGGAAAAUGCACAGAAUAGUUUUCAUCGGGAACUCAUUUCCGACCAGGGACUGGCUCAAAUUACGCGCCGCAGCUUGAUUGGUCUUUAUGACGAAUGCAUCACCAACAUAAUUCGGCAAUAUCAAAGUCGCUGGACGGCUGAAAGUAUUCAGAUCAGUCUAGAAUGGGCAGGAUGGUCCCAUAGCACUUAUUCAGCCUUUUGUAGUCAUUACGGAGACCAUACGACCGGAGCUGUACCUAAUGGUCGAUGUUGGAAUGACGACUUACUCCAGCCUUCACGGGAGCAGCUAACUCUCAAAUGGGAGAAUAUUCAGACUUCGCUGCACCUCCAGGAAGGAAGCCUUGCGAGAUAUACUGACACUAUUUUCGAUAAAUGGUGCCUGCAAUUUGGAGCCCAUAUUCAGCUUGCACCAUGCGCCCUUGCCAACCUUCAACAAAGCAUGAAGUUCAGACAACAGUGCAUCGGACAUCAUAUUUCGAAUACUUUGCUCAAGGUCAUACAAUGUGCAGGAAAAAUAAAGCGAGACACUAUUUAUGGCCAUGCCAGCUCGUAUAUUACAGGUCUGAUGCAGCCUGCAUAUGCCAAGAUCAAUCAAGAAGGAGGGACUGGAAGCGACAAGCGCCGGAAGAAAAUCAUGAAUGACCACUUGACACAUUCGAUGCUCUUUGCCAAUAUCUCUAGACUCGCAGGCAGAGAAUACAUAGGAGCUCUUGACGCUUGUUUCGAUGAUCUGCAGACAAAAUUGACUGAGGAGGUAGAGAGUAUGGCGAGGGAUUUCAACGCUGUCAUUGCGGAUGAAGGCCAACUUUCAGAGGCAGAAAAGGCGCCCGCCGUAGCAAAUGCGCUCGAAUCCCGAUUCGAGAAGACGAAGGACAUCCUCGAAAGGGCCCAGAUCAUUGUACGAGAGCUCAAUCCAGACAAUUGA